AUGUUCUGGGAUGAACUGAAGAUAUUGCUCAAGUAUUCGCUCCCUAUCUUUGGGAUUCACGCCUUUGAAUACAGUAUGAUGAUGGCUACGGUGAUUUCCAUUGGGCAUAUUUCCACAGUCGCGCUUGCGGCCGCUACCUUGGGUUUCAUGACCGCUAACGUUACCGGCUUAAGUAUCGUUCAAGGAAUGGCCAACACCCUCGAUACAGUCCUUCCGUCGGCAUGGACUUCUGAUCAACCCCAGUUAGUCGGGCUCUGGAUCCAACGGAUGAGUAUUCUGAUUUCCGUUGUAUUGAUUCCCGUGCUUGCAUUAUGGUUCCACGCAGAGCCCAUCCUUGUAGGAUUGAAUCAAGAUCCCGAGGUUGCAAGACUGGCUGCCAUCUACUUGAAAUGGGCAUCGUUAGGACUCCCUGCCUACGCUUUCAAUUGUGUAUCCAGACGUUACUUUCAAUCACAAGGACUAUUUACUGUUCCAACCCGUAUCAUUCUUUAUGUUGCGCCAAUUAACAUAUUCUUGAAUUACCUUCUGGUAUGGGGACCUGAGCCAUUCUGCUUAGGCUUUAUAGGGGCGCCUAUUGCAACUUCGAUUUCCUACAACUUUGUGGCUGUCGCAUCUGUCGUUUAUGGGGUCUUCUUUGUUCCGAGAACCGCCUGGCAUCCGAUCUCAGUGAGGGCAUUCACGAACUUGGGUUAUUUGUCCAAACUAAGCAUUGGCGGUGUUGGGCAACUUGCGUCCUCGUGGUGGUCAUGGGAACUCGUUGGACCUUCUUUCAGCCUUGGUCCCACCACUUUGGCGACCCAGUCUGUCCUUAUUACGACCUCCUCGGCUUUCUUUCAAGCGCCUUAUGCUCUGGGCAUCGCUACUUCUGUUCGCAUUGGAAACCUCUUAGGAGAGCAGAACGCGAGGCGCGCCAGGGCUGUCGUCAAAGCAUCUUUCCUGCUUAUCAUUCUGUUUAUGUGUUAUCUUUGCAACAGUUCCACACUGCUAAUUUUCCGCCGAUCGUGGGGUUAUUUGUUUAACAACGACCCUGAGGUCAUCGAACUGGUCGCCGCUGUUCUUCCACUUGUUGCGCUCGUGCAGGUAUUCGACGAUAGCAGCGCGGUAGUUGGUGGUAUACUUCGAGCCCGGGGGAAGCAGGUAAGAUGUUUUGUCAAUACUGACGCUCUUCGUUUUUACAGUGCUUACUACGUUAUAGGCCUUCCCAUUGGCCUAUGGCUGACUUUUAAGAGAGACCUCGGGCUCUUCGGCUUAUGGUGGGGUCUCAAUCUCGCUAUGGCAUACGCGACUUCGAUCGGGCUGUACCUAUGCUUUACCACUGACUGGGACAGGGAAGUGGAGAGAGUUGUGGCGCGUCUGGCCGUGGACAAAGGGUACAACCCGAUGGACGAAGAACGCGCACAUUAA